UGCCUGGAGCGCGCACUCAGCGGCUCUCCGGGUCCCAGCGUCCCAGCCGUGGCCCGCGCCCCGCACCUCCUCCUCCUCCUUCGGUCUGGGCACCCCUCGCCCCCUCCCUCCGGCCCCCGCUAGGCUCGGGCAGCGGCCGCCCCCAGCCCCUACUCGGCCACCUCCCCGACUCUCUGGGCUCCCUCCUGGGACGCGCGCCCUCGCCCCAUCCUUUCUUCCUUCCUUCCUUCCCUUGCGCCCGCCCUCCCUCUCCAGGUCUCCCUCCCGGGUCCCGAUUGUCUCCGUCCCCUUCCCAGUCGGCCCGCGCCUCGCCCUGCCCCGUCUCUCCCUCGCACUUCCUGGGUCGCCCGCCGCCGCAGUCUCGCCUCGCCGCGGGAGUCCGAGCCGCCGGUGCCCCGGCUCCAGCCCCCGCAGCCCGCGGCGCCCGCCCGAGGGAGCCCCGGCGCCCGGGGAAGGGAAAAGUGGGCGAGCGCGCCCUCGCCCAGCCCCGCGCCCUAGCCCUGCCCGGCGAGGAAGGACCGGGAAGAUGAACAACGGCGGCAAAGCCGAGAAGGAGAACACCCCGAACGAGGCCAACCUUCAGGAGGAAGAGGUCCGGACCCUAUUUGUCAGUGGUCUCCCUCUGGAUAUCAAACCUCGGGAGCUCUAUCUGCUUUUCAGACCAUUUAAGGGCUACGAGGGUUCUCUUAUAAAGCUCACAUCUAAGCAGCCCGUAGGUUUUGUCAGUUUUGACAGUCGCUCAGAAGCAGAAGCUGCAAAGAAUGCUUUGAAUGGCAUCCGCUUCGAUCCUGAAAUUCCGCAAACACUACGACUAGAGUUUGCUAAGGCAAACACGAAGAUGGCCAAGAACAAACUAGUAGGGACUCCAAACCCCAGUACUCCUCUGCCCAACACUGUACCUCAGUUCAUUGCCAGAGAGCCAUAUGAGCUCACAGUGCCUGCACUUUACCCCAGUAGCCCUGAAGUGUGGGCCCCGUACCCUCUGUACCCAGCGGAGCUAGCGCCUGCUCUACCUCCUCCUGCUUUCACCUAUCCCGCUUCACUGCAUGCCCAGUGUUUCUCUCCUGAGGCAAAGCCCAACACACCUGUCUUUUGUCCACUUCUCCAGCAAAUUAGAUUUGUCUCUGGGAAUGUGUUUGUAACAUACCAACCUACUGCAGACCAGCAGAGGGAGCUCCCAUGUUGAAUUUGCUUGUUAGCUACUUUUCCCCAUUUUGCAAAAAUUAUUUCUUGGUAACAUUUGAGAGAUUUCAAUAAAAAUUUUAAUCCGAGCAAAAAUUA